CCUAAAGACUUUGGGUGAAGAGAAAAGAAGAGAUCUCUUGAGGUCUCUUAAUAUUCUACCACUCAUUUACUGUCUACAUCUAGCUCGCAUUUCUCAUCAUGUCUGACGGUCUUCGACCCAGUUUCGCUCGAUCUCAGAGCAAUUAUGGUUUUCCUGCUCCAUCGGUCACGUUCUCUCCAUUGAGUGACGACGAUGAUAUGUUUUCUUCUAACGAGGCCGUCUUGAAACUCAACGAUGGCUCUGCGUUCAGAGGUAUCAGCUUCGGAGCAGAAGACAAAAGUGUUGCUGGCGAAUGCGUCUUUCAAACCGGUAUGGUCGGGUAUACUGAAUCUUUGACCGAUCCAUCAUAUGAGGGCCAGAUCCUCGUCCUCACCUAUCCGUUAAUCGGAAAUUAUGGCGUGCCCGAACGCCCAAAAAAUGAUGUCGAUCUCCCUGCGGAGUUCGAGUCAUCCCGCAUUCAUAUUGCUGCCCUCGUAGUCGGCUCAUAUACUGAGGACUACAGCCAUUUCUUGGCAAAUUCUUCACUUGGAGCUUGGUUGAAAGAAAAUAAUGUCCCUGCCAUUUGUGGUGUGGACACACGCGCCCUCACUAAAAAGAUCCGGGAGAAAGGUUCCAUGCUAGCCAAGGUUUUGGCACGCCAGUCAGAUGUCCCUCCGCGCCGCGUGCAGCUUCUCGUUCCCGAGUCCCGCUCGGCUUCUCGCUCAUCCUCGCCGCCACCCUGGGAUGACUACGUUGACAUCCCGUGGCACGAUCCCAACUCUGAUAAUCUCGUUGCCGCAGUAUCAUUGCCAGCUCCUCGACUUUUCAAACCUACAGGCCAACCUCAUUUGCAUCCGAGCGGACGUGUCCUUCGCGUUGUCGCUGUGGAUGUUGGCAUGAAAUAUAACCAGAUCCGAUGUUUCACCAGGCGUGGAGUGGAGCUCAAGGUUGUUCCUUGGGAUUACGACUUCGUUAACGAAGCCGAGCCAUAUGACGGAUUGUUCAUAUCAAAUGGUCCUGGUAACCCUGUGACAAUCAUGUCCACGGUCAAGCGACUUGCUCAGGCAAUGGAGAAGGGUGAUCGCCCUAUCUUCGGUAUUUGCCUUGGGCACCAGUUGCUCGCCCUCGCCGCUGGAGCUGCUACCUCGAAAAUGAAAUACGGCAACCGCGGACAUAACAUCCCGUGCACGCACGCGCUGACCGGAAGGUGCUAUAUCACAUCUCAAAACCAUGGUUUCCAAGUCGACACAAACACCCUCCCGCAGGGAUGGAAAGAGCUUUUCCGCAAUGCCAAUGACGGUAGCAACGAAGGCAUCUAUUGCGAAGACAAACCAUUCUUCUCCGUGCAAUUUCAUCCGGAAUCUACUCCCGGCCCUCGUGAUACGGAAUUUCUUUUCGAUGAUUUCAUUCAGUGUAUCGUGGAUUGUGUCAAAACGAAGAAUCUGGUGCCUAUGUCAUUCCCGGGCAUGCGCAAGGAAGACGUUGAUAAGAAGUUCCCUCGUGCCGAUGUCCAGAAGAUUCUCAUCCUCGGCUCCGGUGGAUUGUCCAUCGGGCAGGCAGGCGAGUUCGAUUACUCGGGCUCGCAGGCUAUCAAGGCGCUCAAGGAGGAAGGCAUCUAUACCAUCCUUGUCAACCCAAACAUUGCAACCAUCGCCACCUCCAAGGGUCUCGCGGACAAGGUAUAUUUCCUGCCCGUGACACCCGAUUUCGUGCGCAAAAUCAUCAAGUAUGAGAAACCGGAUGGUAUCUACGUGACAUUUGGUGGACAGACUGCCCUCAAUGUCGGCAUUAAACUCAAAGAUGAGUUUGCGGCUCUCGGAGUACAAGUUCUUGGUACUCCCAUCGAGACUAUCAUCACGACAGAGGACAGGCAGUUGUUUGCUCAAGCGAUGGAGGAUAUUGGGGAGCGUUGUGCUCAGUCUUCCACGGCAACAACUUCAGACGAAGCGGUUGCUGCAGCACGCGAGAUCGGUUUCCCGGUCAUUGUUCGCGCUGCAUACGCUCUGGGUGGUCUGGGAUCUGGCUUUGCACAGGAUGAAGUCCAACUUCGUGCUUUAUGUAGCAAGGCAUUUGCCACAAGCCCUCAGGUGCUCGUAGAAAAGAGUAUGAAAGGUUGGAAAGAGAUUGAGUACGAAGUUGUCCGCGAUUGUCGUGACAAUUGUAUAACCGUCUGCAAUAUGGAGAAUUUCGAUCCCCUCGGCAUCCACACUGGAGACUCCAUCGUGGUCGCACCCUCCCAAACGCUCUCUGAUGCGGACUACAACAUGCUCCGAACAACUGCCAUCAAUGUCAUUCGCCACCUUGGUGUUGUUGGCGAGUGCAAUAUUCAGUACGCUCUGAAUCCGACCUCGAAGGAGUACUGUAUCAUCGAAGUUAAUGCGCGUCUGUCGCGUUCGUCAGCGCUGGCUUCGAAAGCCACGGGUUAUCCCCUGGCAUUCAUUGCCGCUAAGCUCGGUCUGGGUGUCCCGCUCAACGAAAUAAAGAACUCUGUUACGAAAGUGACCAGCGCUUGCUUCGAGCCGAGCUUGGACUACGUUGUCGUCAAGAUCCCACGUUGGGAUCUCAAGAAGUUCAACCGGGUCAGCCGGUUUCUUAGCAGCAGCAUGAAGAGUGUUGGUGAGGUCAUGAGUAUCGGCAGAACUUUCGAAGAGACCAUUCAGAAGGCGAUACGGGCGAUCGACGAUCAGUUCCUUGGAUUUGCGAAGAACGACUUUGUGGAGGACAUUGACGAGGAGCUGGUCAAUCCCACUGACAAGCGGUUAUUCGCCAUCGCAUCUGCUUUCCAUCGGGGCUAUAGUGUCGACAAGAUAUGGCAGAUGACUAACGUCGACAAGUGGUUCCUGACGAAACUUCAACACAUUCAUCGCAUGGAGAAACGCUUGUCAGAGUAUACCAUUUCUUCGGUCAGCAACAGAACCAUCCUCCAAGCGAAGCAAUUUGGCUUCUCCGAUCGCCUGGUAGCCAGUUGUUUGGGUUCAACGGAGUUAGCUGUCCGGAGGCUUCGUCAAGAAACCGGCAUUUCCCCAUUCGUCAAGCAAAUAGACACUGUCGCAGCCGAGUUUCCCGCAUUCACGAAUUACCUCUACACCACAUAUAACGCUAUCGAGCACGACAUUGAGUUCAAUGAUCGUGGUGUCGUGGUCCUUGGCUCGGGUGUCUACCGCAUCGGCUCCUCAGUCGAAUUUGACUGGUGCGCAGUCAGGGCUAUCAGGACGCUUCGUGAACAAGGUCUCCCGACAAUUAUGGUCAACUACAACCCAGAAACUGUCAGCACUGAUUACGAUGAAGCCGAUCGCCUUUACUUCGAGAACAUCAGCUUGGAGACCAUUCUUGAUAUCUAUGACACAGAGCGGUCGCGCGGCGUCAUCUUGUCAAUGGGUGGUCAGACCCCGAACAACAUUGCCCUUCCCCUCUAUCGCCAGAACGUGAAAAUCUACGGAACUUCUCCCGAAAUGAUCGACACUGCGGAGAAUCGCUUCAAAUUCUCUAGGUUACUCGACGAGAUUGGUGUUGAUCAGCCUCAGUGGAAGGAAUUGACUAGUUUCCAAGAGGCUCUCGCCUUUUGCGACUCAGUGGGGUACCCUGUCCUCGUCCGUCCUUCCUAUGUCCUCUCAGGGGCUGCCAUGAAUGUCGUCUCCACGGGCGACGACUUGGCCAACUACUUGACACAAGCAACCGCUGUCUCCCGCGAUCAUCCUGUCGUCAUCACGAAGUACAUCGAGCAAGCGAAGGAGAUAGAGAUGGAUGCUGUGGCGAAGGACGGUCAGAUGAUCAUGCAUUUCAUCUCGGAGCACGUUGAGAAUGCUGGUGUACACUCUGGUGAUGCCACUCUCAUCCACCCACCACAAGAUCUUGAUCCCGCUACCGUUCGUCAAAUUGAGGAGGCCACUGCAAAGAUCGGAAAUGCCCUGAAUGUGACCGGACCCUUCAAUAUCCAGUUCAUAGCCAAGAACAACGAGAUCAAGGUGAUCGAGUGCAAUCUACGUGCGGCGCGGUCUUUCCCCUUCGUCUCUAAAGUUACCGGCAUCGACGCUAUUGAGAUGGCGACCAAGGUUAUGUUGGGGUUGCCGGUAGAGAGCUACCCGGACCCUGGUCUUCCUCCGGACUAUGUUGGAGUCAAGGUCCCUCAAUUUAGCUUCAGUCGACUCUCUGGCGCAGACCCUGUUCUUGGCGUGGAAAUGGCGUCUACUGGAGAAGUCGCUUGCUUUGGACGUGACAAGUAUGAGGCGUAUCUGAAGGCUUUAAUAUCCACCGGCAUUGUUCCGCCAAAAAAGAACAUCUUGCUUUCUAUUGGAAGCUAUCGGGAGAAAUUGGAAAUUCUGCCCUCAGUGCAGAAGCUCCACGCUGCUGGAUACAACAUCUUCGCUACAUCCGGUACUGCUGACUUCUUGACUGAGCAUAAUGUUCCUUGCAAAUACCUCGAAACCCUCCCAGAAGAUAGCAGCGACAAGCAGAAGUCUGAAUAUUCCCUCACGCAGCACUUGGCCAACAACUUGAUCGACAUGUAUAUCAACCUUCCGUCGAAGAACAAUUACCGCCGGCCCGCUAGCUACGCUAGUAAGGGGUACCGCACGCGACGCAUGGCUGUUGAUUUCGCAAUUCCGCUCAUAACGAACGUCAAAAAUGCCAAGUUGCUUGCAGAAGCACUUGUUCGCAAGCUCCCGUUGGAUGUGUCGAGUAUUGAUUCCAAAUGCUCGUAUCUAACGCACGCUUUCCCUGGCCUCGUUAACAUUUCCGCAUUCCUACCCCGCCUCACUUUACCGGGAGCAGAUGAAUUCGAACAGGCCACCCGAGCUUCUAUCAGCGCAGGCUUCACUACUUCCCUCGUUCUCCCAGUCGCUGCAGGGAGUGCACGUUGCAACUAUGCUCUCAGCAUUGCUGGGAAGGACAGCAAUGUCCAAGCUCUCGACGAGGAAGUCAGAGCGGACGUGAAGUCGUUGUAUAUCUCAUUCCACGGGAACUUCGCCUCUCCUCAAAUUUCCGCCGUCGCAGCCUACUUCGCCUCGUGGCCCGAAAACAAGUUAAUCGUGACCGAUGCCCGUAGCUCAAACCUUGCAUCGGUGCUCCUACUAGCAUCUCUUUAUAACCGCAGCGUUCAUAUCACCGACGUCAGAAACAAAGAUGAUUUGCUUCUCAUCUCGCUCAGCAAGGCAAAAAAUCUCAAGGUCACUUGUGACGUUUCAGUCUUCGCUUUGUUCUUCACACGGGAACAAUAUUCUCUACCAACGUCAUUGCCAUCCGCCCAGGAUCAGGAGGCACUGUGGAAGAACCUUGACGUCAUCGAUGCGUUCUCAGUCGGAUGCUUCCUCAUCAGCUUGCGACAGGAACUUCAAGAGCCGGCUUCUGCGUGGUCCGGAGCGGAGGAAACAUUGCCAUUAUUACUUACUGCUGUUACCAGCGGUCGACUCACUCUCGAGGAUAUUCAGGUCGUCCUAGGGCGGCGAGCUCAGCAUCAGAAUCGCAGCGCGUGUUGGUCUCCUUUGCAGAAGAGCUCUGUCACUGGAUCACUGCACAGAGUAGUCGUGCAUGGCAAGACGCUAUUCCUUGAUGGUGAACUCUCUGCUUUACCCCUAGGGAAAGAUGUUUCCAGUGCGACAAUUGUGCAUGUCGCUGGAGAACGACAAGCAGGCGCGCCUCUGGCGAAAUCGCAGCUCGUCUCUGGGCCUUCUGGUGCUAGGGUCCCCGACGGCUCUGCGCUCCCCCCUCAGAUGGCUUUGACAUCAUCUGCUACUGGCUCCACUGGUUCAGCUGUUAUUGUGCCACCGGUUGUUGCUCUCGGUCGUCAUCCCGCAUUCCAUCGUCGUCAUAUACUUUCUGUGAAGCAGUUUACCCAACGCGACAUGUACGACCUCUUCUCCUUGGCCCACGAAAUGCAACUUCAGGUCGAGCGCAAUGGGUCACUAGACAUUUUGAAGGGCAAAGUCCUUUGUACCCUUUUCUAUGAGCCGUCCACCCGUACGAGUACUUCAUUCGAUGCAGCCAUGAAGCGCUGUGGAGGUGAGGUAUUCAAGUUAACGCGGAUACUUCGUCAGGUGAAGAAAGGAGAGACGCUGGCCGAUACUGUUCGCACACUAGGGUCUUAUGCCGAUGCCAUUGUGAUUAGGCACCCCGAGGUCGGCAGUGCCCAACUCGCCGCUAAGUAUUCCCCUGUACCUGUUCUGAAUGCUGGCGAUGGCAUAGGAGAACAUCCUACUCAGGCUCUUCUCGACAUUUAUACCAUUCGAUCCGAGUUGGGGACUGUCAAUGGCAAAACGAUCACCAUCUUAGGAGAUCUGAAGAAUGGACGCACAGUUCAUAGCCUGGUCACUCUACUCUGCCACUACUCAGUCCGUCUGAACUUCGUCGCGCCUCCAGCCCUUGCGAUGCCAGCAAAGGUGGUCUCUGCAGCGCGGAAGGCCGGUAUAUCUGUGCAGCAGUUGGAAUCCCUCGAGGAGGUCUUACCUGAUACCGACGUUCUCUACGUAACUAGAGUGCAAAAAGAGAGGUUCAAGAGUGACUUAGAGUGGCAAACGGUCAAAGACUCUUAUCACAUCGAUCACGCCCUUCUUUCUCGAGCCAAGGAAGACAUGAUCGUGAUGCACCCUUUGCCUAGAGUGAACGAAAUUGAUCCCGAAGUUGAUUUUGACUUCCGCCGUGCCGCUUACUUCCGUCAAAUGCGUUACGGACUUUUUGUUCGCAUGGCCCUUCUUGCUAGUGUUAUGGGUUGAAAAUCAAUGAUAUAAGUGUUGCAUAAACAGCGCUCGUACGGCUAGUGAUGAACUUGACCUAUAUUGAUAUCCGCAUGCAGCUGAGCAACUCGCAAUGUGUAGACCAGUAGAUUCUCAAUUGAUUCUUGUGUUUAUUACUGUCUCUGCGAACUGGUUGGUCUCCCGUAGUUAGCCCAUGUUGAUGAGUUGUUCCUUCUCGAUCAUGGGAGUUGACAGAUCACAAUAGAAUAAGGACGGGAGCUACGGCUGCAUGAUGAAGUAAAGCAACAACAACUAAGUAGCAGAAAGUCUGAGAUUCGCACCCGAAGUUUUUAACGAUUCCCAGAUGGGCCCGAGUCGCCAAGUACAUGUUCGUUGUCCCGCCAAUGUCCCGGCCGC